ACUAGCAAGAAUCAUGGAACCUUUGAUUGUCUCUGAUCAAAUGUCACCAACAUUUUGGUGUCUCAUAGUCACAUUACUUGCUUUUACACUCUUCAUGAAACAUCGCAGUAACAAAAGUUCUGAAAAACCAAAACUCCCUCCAGGUCCUUCACCUUGGCCUAUAGUAGGCAACAUUCCUGAAAUGCUUGCAAAUAGGCCAACGUUUAGAUGGAUACAAAAAAUGAUGAAUGACAUGAACACGGAUAUCGCAUGCGUCCGUUUAGGUAGUGUUCAUGUCAUUCUAGUGAGUGAUUCUACAAUUGCACGUGAGCUAUGUGUGAAACAAGAUGCAAAUUUUGCAUCAAGACCUAGUAGUUGGUCUAAUGAGUAUGUUACUACUGGAUAUUUAACAACAGCACUCACUCCUUUUGGAGAACAAUGGAAGAAAGUGAAGAAACUAGUUCUUAAUGAAUUAGUUUCACCUCUUAGACAUCAAUGGCUUCAUGAAAAAAGGGUGGAAGAAGCUGAUAACAUUGUGCGUUAUAUUUACAACCAAUGCACUAAAAUUGGUGGUGGUGGACUUGUGAAUGUGGGAGUUACUGCACAACAAUACACUGGAAAUGUUGUUAGGAGGUUGCUUUUGAAUAAAAGGUACUUUGGAAAUGGUAGUGAGGAUUUUGGACCUGGCUUAGAGGAACAAGAAUAUGUGGAAGCAGUUUUUACUGUUUUGCAAUAUCUUUUUGCUUUCUCAGUUUCUGAUUUCAUGCCAUGUUUGAGGGGCCUUGACGUGGAUGGCCAUGAAAGGAUACUUAAGAAGGCUUGUAAGGUUAUGAAGAAACAUCACGAUCCUAUCAUUGAAGAUAGAAUCCAACAAUGGAAGAAUGGGCAAAGGGCAGAGAAAGAAGAUUUGCUUGAUGUUCUUAUCUCACUCAAAGAUGAUAACAACAUUCCACUUUUGACUGAGCAAGAAAUUAAGUCCAAUGUUUUGGAAUUGACACUUGCAUCAGUUGAUAAUCCAUCAAAUGCAGUAGAAUGGGGACUUGCUGAAAUGAUAAAUCAACCUGAGCUACUAAAAAAAGCUGUAGAAGAAUUGGACAAUGUAGUUGGAAAAGAAAGGCUAGUACAAGAAUCUGAUUUUCCUAAACUAAACUAUGUGAAGGCUUGUGCAAGAGAAGCUUUUCGUCGUCACCCGAUUUGUGAUUUCAACCUUCCACAUGUUGCAAUGAAAGACACAGUUGUUCUGAACUACUUUAUCCCAAAAGGGAGUCAUGUGUAUAUUAGGAGACAAGGAAUUGGUCUAAACCCUAGAAUUUGGAAAGAUCCACUCAAGUUCAAUCCAGAACGACAUCUUAAGGUGGAAGGAUAUAAUCUUAAUUUGUCGGAACCUAGUUUGGACUUGGUAACAUUUGGUACUGGAAGGCGUGGAUGUUCAGGAGUCAUGCUUGGAACUUCAAUGACUGUUAUGUUGUUUGCAAGGUUGCUACAUAGCUUCACUUGGAGCGUGCCACCAAAUAUGUCCAGCAUUGACCUUUCUGAAUCUCAUGGUGGAACCACCAAAGCUGUGCCACUUGUGGCAGUUGCAGAGCCAAGGUUGCCGCCACAUGUUUAUGGUUUAUAUUAAUUUAGUGAUCUCACCAAGUUUUGUGAGUUAAUGAGUGCAAAAAAAUAAAUACACGUGUCUAUGGUCAAACUUGUUAUGUUAUUUAAUAUUUUUGAUUGAAAAAUGUUCAAACUUGUUAUGUUAUUUAAUAUUUUUUACCUAAAAAUAAUAGUCACGUCAAAAUUCGGU